AUGUGUGCUGCCUAUAGUCCUCAUGUGUCUUCUGUAGUUGAAGAAUAUAAACAAUGUGAAAAGUCACACACUGUUGUCCCUCAGAGAACACACACAAGAGAGAAACCUCAUGAAUGUAACGUGUGUCGAAAGUCUUUCACCAAGAAAUCAAAGCUUACUGUCCACCAGAGAACACACACAAAAGAGAAACCUUUUCAAUGCAACAUUUGUGGAAAAUCUUUCACCUGCAAGGCAUAUCUUACUAGCCACCAGAGAACACACAAAGGAGAGAAACCUUAUGAAUGUAACAUGUGUGGAAAGUCUUUCGCCAGGAUGGCAUACCUUACUGUCCACCAGAGAACACACAAAGGAGAGAAACCUUAUGAAUGUAACAUGUGUGGAAAGUCUUUUACCAAGAAAUCAAACCUUACUGUCCACCACAGAAAACACACAGGAGAGAGACCUUAUGAAUGUAACCUGUGUGGAAAGUGUUUCACCCAGAAAUCAAAUCUUACUGUCCACCAGAGAACACACACAAAAGAGAAACCUUUUGAAUGUAAGAUUUGCGGAAAGUUUUUCCCCCACAAGGAAUAUCUUUCUACCCACCAGAGAACACACACAGGAGAGAAAAUUUAUGAAUGUAACUUGUGUGGAAAGUCCUUUACCUGGAAGUCAACCCUCACUGUCCAUCAGAUAACACACACAGGAAAGAAACCUUAUGAAUGUAAUGUGUGUGGAAAGUCUUUCACCAAGAAAUCAAAGCUUACUGUUCACCAUAGAACACACACAAAAGAGUAUCCUUUUGAAUGUAACAUUUGUGGAAAGUCUUUCACCUGCAAGGGUAACCUUACUGCCCACCACAGAACACACACAGGAGAGAGACCUUAUGAAUGUAACCUGUGUGGAAAUGUCCACGAAAUGGAGGAUAUGAUUAAGACCUGCCAGGUAAGUCCAGAUGAAUGUCUGUGUGAAGUAGCAGUCACAAAUAGUAACAGUGGAGGAAAAUGUGAGAUUAGUAACAACUGCUAUUAUGAGCGCAAAACAUAA